AUGGCCACCAACAAGAAUGGCUUCGUCAGCGUCAUAAUUCAAUACCGCCUGGGCGCUUUCGGGUUUCUCUCGAGUCCAGAGGUGAAGCAGCAUGGUGCGCUCAACGCUGGGCUCCUUGACAUGAACUUUGCAUUGAAGUGGGUCCAGGCUAACAUUGCCAAAUUUGGGGGCGAUCCUAGUAAGGUCACUAUUGCGGGCGAGAGCGCAGGCGCAGGCGCUGUUCUCUAUCAAUCUCAAGCCUAUGGUGGGCGGCAAAAAGAAGACCUCUUUCGUAAUGUCAUUACAGCGAGUCCAUGGGUACCCAAUCAGCACGAUUAUGACGAUGAACAACCCGCAGAAGCCUAUGCGGCGUUCCUUGAAGCAUCCGGCUGCUCAGAAACGAAGGAAAGCAUGAAGUGCCUCCGCGCAGCGGAUACUAUCGUUCUUCAGAAUGCCAGCGCCAGAAUUUCGGAAGCUGGCCCUUUCGGUACCUUUGCUUUCCUGCCAGUAACAGACGGUACGUUUGUCCAGGACCGCCUCUCCACAACCCUUACUUCAAAGUCGCUAAAGGGAAGGCGUGUCUUAUCGGGUAACAUGGCAAACGAAGGAGUGCCACUCUCGCCUCCCACCGCACGCACGCUGCAGGAUUUCCGAGACUACAUUGAUCUGACAUUUCCCGACUUCUCUGCAUCCGACAAAGACCGACUGGAAGAAACAUACUCAUUUCCAGGGGAUGACCUUGAGGUGAAGCCCAAUGCUACGCGCUUCGCUACAUCUGGUACUGGUCUACCCACGGCACUCAACAUGAGUGAAUUUGGGACAGGAAAUCAACAACGUCUCUUGAAUGUUUUUGCAGAGUACGCCUUCGUCUGCCCGAGCUACUGGGCUGCUGAAGCUUUUACAGAAGGCUGGAAGUAUCAGUUUAGUGCGCCUCCAAGUUAUCAUGGCUAUGAUCUGCAAGCGCUAUGGAGCGGAACUCCAACGCCCGGCAAAAGCUUCAAGCACGCUUUCCGUAGGAUUUGGGGCAAUUUCAUCACAAAGAACUCGCCGCUGAUAAGCUUGGAAGACGCGAAGGGUGGUGUCGCAAACUCGACGAUCUCGCCUGCAAUUAAGUAUGGUUCGAGUGACAUCUCUUGGCCAAAGUGGAACAAAAACCAGCCGGUACUACUAAAUAUGAACGCUACAGGCGGCAUCCCUUCCUUCGUGCAAGCGACAGACGAUCUCUAUUACUACGUUUAUAGCGAUCCGGGCGUCAGCAACCAGAUCAGUUUGGCCGAUGCAAAUGCAUGGGAGGGUGGAAGGGGCGGGCGAUGUGAGUUUUGGAAAGCUAUGGCAAGCAAAGUACCAUAUUGA